AGCCACUGACUCAAUGAAUUCAUUAGUCUAAUAGGUAUGCACGAAGGUACAUACUCACAUACACACAUUUAUAAAAAUUCGCAAAACUUUACAUUGUUCAUUGAAACAAUCGCAAAAAUUAUAUUAAAAUUUCGAGCAUCCGUUUUGAAAUUUCAGUCUAAAAUCAACAGCAAGUGCAUCUGGCUGCGUCGAGUGAACGUGAAACUUUUGAAACAAUCAUAUAUUGUAUAUACUCGUAUAUUAAAUAAAAGAAAAAAUUAAAAUUAAUAUAAACAAUUAGGGAAAUAAUGCAUUUUAAAUCCCUAUGCAGCUUACUACUACUAACAGCGCUGCUGUCUAUUAGAAUGUCAUUCAUAAAUGGCGCCAAAAUUCUAGCGGUUUAUGUAUACCCGAGCAAAAGUCAUUUUAUGAUGCAUCGCGUACUGAUAAGCGAGUUGGUGAGACAUGGGCAUGAGGUAACCAUGAUAACGGCUUAUACACUAGCGCCACUCAGUCUGGGCAGCAAUUACACAGAAAUACUUAUCGAUCCAAUUUACGAUUACCGCACGGACGUGCACCCCACCACCGAUAGCCCAACUACAGUAUUUGAUAUGUCCACUGCGGAUGUGUCGUCUUUUAUGAAUAUUAUGAGAGCGAUUUGCAUGGGCAGCACAGAGCAUGCACUGAAGCAACCCAAAGUCCAGGCCAUAAUUAAUGCCAACCACACGGAGGGUGUUUAUGAUCUGCUGCUGGUAGAGCAAUUCUAUCAGGACGCAUUCCUCGCAUUGGCGCAUAUCUACAAUGUGCCGGUGGUUAGCACAGCGACUUUCGCCAAGGAACAUUAUAUGAGUCAAAUGGUGGGUCUGAUAACUCCAUGGUCUUAUGUGCCACACGGUUCACUGCCGUUCACGGAUCACAUGAGUUUCUGGGAACGGGUACAAAACGUCUACAAUUUAAUUUUAACCGACUACAGUCGCGAAUUUAAAUAUUUUCCCAUGGUGGAUGCGUUGAUACGGAAAUAUUUUGGACAUUUGCCUAUUACUUUCCCCAGCGCUUCGGCAAUGGACAAGAAUCUCUCCGCCAUAUUGAUAAACAAUUACACACCGUUAUCAACCGCAAGUCCAACUAUGGAUAAUAUGAUCAAUGUUGGUGGCAUGCAUAUAUACCCACCAAAACCGCUGACCGACGAGUUGCAAACAUUUCUAGAUGGCGCAACGCAUGGCGCAAUAUACUUCAGUUUGGGCAGCCAAGUUGAGAGCAAAGAUAUGCCCGCAGAGAAGGUACGACUUUUCCUCGAUGUCUUCCAGAGCCUCAAACAGCGUGUGUUGUGGAAAUUCGAAAAUGAGAGCAUCAUUAAUUUACCGGCAAAUGUUAUGGUCAAGAAAUGGAUGCCACAGAGUGAUAUAUUGGCACACCCGAAUGUGCGAGUCUUCAUUACGCACGGCGGCCUAUUGGGCACACAGGAGGCUGUACAUUAUGCGGUGCCCAUGUUAGGCAUGCCAUUCUAUUGUGAUCAGCACUUGAACUUGAAGAAGGCUGAAUUUGGCGGCUAUGCCAUGACAUUGGACUUUCACCAACUCACACGCGAUGAGUUGAGGCUUAGUUUGCAGCAGCUGCUUCACAACAACACCUAUCGUGAGAAUAUUAAAGGCAUUUCGAAGAUUUUCCACGACCGACCCAUGAGUGCACGUGAGUCUGCGCUGUAUUGGAUAGAUUAUGUCAUACGCCAUAAGGGCGCGCGUCACUUGCGCGCCGCUGGCUUGGAUUUGCGCUGGUACCAGUUCUAUUUGCUGGAUGUAGCUGCUCUAUUUCUUUCCGCAGCAGUCUUAGCUUUGAGUGUGGCUUUUCUUUUAGCGCGUUGGCUCCUACGAAGUCUUGGUAAAAAAGCAAAUAAAGAAAAAAUCAAUUAAAAUAAAAUUA